GUAGCUAACGGCUAGGCUACGUAUCCAGUCAGCAUGGAGAGAAAAGUUUUGGCACUCCAGGCGAGGAAAAAGAGGGUGAAAGCAAAGAAGACCAGCAAAAAGCAGCCAGCCAAUCCCAGAGCUCGACAGCAGCCCCAGCUAGAAGCCUCGCCUCAGGAACCAGAGGAACCCCAGGAACCCGAGGAGAUUCUUGGCUCUGAUGAUGAAGAGCAGGAGGACCCUAACGACUACUGCAAAGGUGGCUACCACCACGUGAAAGUAGGUGACCUGUACAACGGAAAAUAUCAUGUAAUCCGGAAACUGGGAUGGGGACACUUCUCCACUGUGUGGCUCGCCUGGGACAUCCAGGUGAAGAGAUUUGUUGCAAUGAAGGUGGUGAAGAGUGCAGAGCACUACACAGAGACGGCAGUAGAUGAGAUCAAACUCCUCCGAUCUGUAAGAAACUCAGACCCUAAUGACCCCAACCGGGAAAUGGUGGUCCAGAUGGUAGAUGACUUCAAGAUCUCUGGUGUGAAUGGAACUCAUGUCUGCAUGGUAUUUGAGGUGUUGGGGCAUCACUUAUUAAAGUGGAUAAUAAAGUCCAAUUACCAAGGGUUGCCCCUGCCUUGUGUGAAGAGCAUCAUAAAACAGGUUCUCCAAGGCCUAGACUACUUGCACACAAAGUGUCAGAUCAUCCACACAGACAUCAAGCCAGAAAAUAUCCUGAUGAGUGUUGAUGAGCCUUACGUCCGAAAGCUUGCAGCAGAAGCCACAGAGUGGCAGAGGUCUGGGGCGCCUCCUCCCUCCGGUUCAGCAAUAAGCACAGCACCUGCUCCAAAACAGACUGUAAAAAUGUCCAAAAACAAGAAGAAGAAGUUAAAAAAGAAGCAGAAGCGUCAGGCAGAGCUGCUGGAAAAGUGCAUCAUGGACCUGGAGGAGAUGGAAAAGACCACAGAGACACGAGAGGAAGAACAGGAUGAAGACGAGGACCCACAGUCUCCGAAGGGACGGGCCUGUUCUCCUCUCAGACAGGUGUCUCUUCAUGACCUGGGAAAUGAGGAAACAGAGGGGAGCAGCGUGAAUGCAGAUCUCAUAAGGGUGGGACGAGAAGAGCUGUUGGAGGUGAACUGUAAUGGCUAUGCGGAGGUGGAGCAGAGGCAGUCCCGUUGGAGGGACGAAGACCAACAUAAUGGCAACGCAGAGCCCACACAGAAAUGUGCCAGUCAGGAGGAGCAACGCGAGGACUCUCGUGUUCACCCCGUUUGUAACGGCGUGGACUCUGCAGAUCUCAAUGAGCUGGACACUGAGACUGAAGGCAGGGGAGCUUACAGCAGUGCAGUAACUGAGAGAAACCUUCCUGCUGGGCUGGAGGAGGGUGAGCUGGAGCAAAGCGUUUGUCAGGAGGAGAGCGAGGACAGGCCCGACUGUCAGUAUGGAACUGAAGAAAGCCUGAGAAACGGCAAGCUAACAGCAGGAUCCCUGCUAGUUAACCCCCUUGAGCCAGUCAAUGCCGACCAGAUCAAGGUCAAGAUUGCAGAUUUGGGAAAUGCCUGCUGGGUGCACAAGCACUUUACCGAAGACAUCCAGACACGGCAGUACAGAUCCUUAGAGGUACUCAUUGGUUCUGGAUACAGCACACCGGCUGAUAUAUGGAGCACAGCCUGCAUGGCCUUUGAGCUUGCCACAGGGGACUACUUGUUUGAACCACAUUCUGGAGAAGAUUAUUCCAGGGAUGAAGACCAUAUAGCGCUGAUCAUUGAGCUGCUGGGGAGUGUCCCACGCAAACUCAUAAUGGCUGGCAAAUAUUCCAAGGAUUUUUUCACUAAGAAAGGCGAUUUGAAGCACAUCACCAAGCUGAAGCCAUGGGGCCUGCUGGAGGUGCUGGUCGACAAGUACGAGUGGCCCCGCGAAGAAGCCGAGUGCUUCACCGACUUCCUGCUCCCCAUGCUGGAGCUGAUCCCUGAGAAGAGAGCCACGGCUGCAGAGUGCCUGCUCCACCCGUGGCUUUCCCUCUAGUGGAGACCUCCAGCUAUUGCACCUCCCUUCCCUCCUACUCUCUCCAGAGACUGCAACAGAUCACUUUCCAGUUUGGGCAUAUCAGAUGAAUAUUUAUUUCUCUUUUUGUUUCGUUGUUUUUUUGGAUUUCUUAUGUUCUCGUUAUUGAGCGCUUGCUUCAGUCUAUGUUUGCUUUGUAUUUGUUGGUUCUUCCCUCCGUGUGAUGACGUCAGGAUUCCCGUGGGUUAUAUUACUUUGUGGUCAUGUUGGCUCCAACUGCUGUGCUCCGUUCACCCACCCAACUACGCAAACCUAUAUUGUACUGCUAGUGACUCAUCCUUGUUUGUUACACUCCUGCACUAAAACCCAAACAAAUCAAGGAUAUGUAGCCGUUAUUGCUCAUUUUUGUCCCCAUAAAAAGGACUUGCUAUCUCUUUUUUUCCUCGUACAUUUCAUUAGUGCUGUGUUCUCUCUUUUUUAUGAAUUAUUUUAUCUUCUAUUACACAUGUAAGGUAUACAUUUUGUAUUUGUAAAGUAGGCUUAGGAAGUUGCACACUGGGCUGACAUGUACACUGACUGUGGUAACGUUCACACAGCAUUUCUCUAGACAGACUUUAGUUUUCUUACUGAGACAGCGCUGUCUGACAAUGUAGGUUAUUUAGCCAUAAUAAAUCCAUUGUCACCUGGUAUUUAGUGUGGUUAGUCAAUCAUAAUAAAUGAGAUUGUUCAUUCUCAUGGGAGGCUGGUAUUCUCAUACACAUAUUACAAUUCAGGAAUAUAGUGUUUUAAAGGUUUCAACAAGAUGACACGCUACGAAGCCCAGUUUAAAGGAAAAAAAGGAAAUAAACUGUAUAUAUCUGUACCAAAGAGUUUGCCUUUAUGUAUAUUACAGUUAUGUACAGUUUUUAACAAAUCUUAUAUCUUAGCUAAAAUUAUUUAGCUGGGUAGCUGUGUUUUAAUAAAAGUGAAUGGAAGAUGUGUUUGAGCUUGGUUGUAUGUGUGGCCAACUGUUCAAUAAUGUCACAGUUUUUACCAUUGAAAUGGUAAGGUAUGAUGUUAUGUAAUGGUGUCCGAAAUUGAUCAUAUCAAAGUAAGUUAUGUAUCUGUUGAAGCCUAGGUAAAAACAGAAACUUACAUCAGUGUCAGAUUCAAAAACAUAGAUUUUGUUUGAACAAACUGUACAACACACCAUACAAUAAAACAGA